GAAAUGUCAAAGCAUAGAUAACGUCAUUGGAAUAUACGCACGCACCGUCAUCCGUGGUCGUGGUAAAGUCUGUUGAAGUGUUCAGUACAAACUGUUGUCUCGUUGUCACUCGCCAACGGUAUACCAGCUACGCGUCCCGCCGAAUCCGAUAUCCAUUCCUCGCCAAGAAUCGUUGCUCCUUUCACCGACAUCGCUGCCGCCAUAUACCAAUACGUACCACCCGGCACCCAGACACGUGACGAAGUGUUAUGUCAGUAAAAGAAAUGGAUGCCUCACAGACUUCAUCUUGUGAAAAUAAUCUAAAACAAGUUCUUAAUUAAAAUGGAUGCGAACCAACUAAAUUUAGAAAUGACUCUCACUCUGUAAGAAUACUAGAAGAUUUACAAUCUCUACGCCAGUAUGUUGACAGUGAUUUUACCUUCAUUCAAAAUAAAAUAUAUCACUUACACAUUUUUUUUUUAGAAAUGAAGUUUUAUGUGACGUUAGAUUUGAAACAGAUGAUGGUAACAUUAUUAUUGGGCAUAAAAAUGUCUUAGUAGCAGCUAGUCCAUAUUUUCGUGCAAUGUUUAGUCAUUUUAAUGAAAGCAAUAAAGAUCUUAUUAAUAUAAGAGAAUUAGAUUCCACCAUCUUACGACUAUUGGUAGAUUAUAUUUAUACCGGAGAAAUAAUGGUCACAAAUGAAAAUGUACAGGUAUUGUUACAAGCUGCAAAUGUAUUACAAUUAGAUUAUGUAAAUGUUGCAUGUGCUGAGUUUUUACAAAAACAACUAGAUCCUUCAAAUUGUCUUCGAAUCAAAGCAUUAGCUAACUUACAUAACUGUACGGAAUUGUUGUCAAGAACUGAAUCAUAUAUUAAACAAAAUUUUUUAGAAGUGGUUAAAGGAUAUGAUUUCCUAUCUUUAUCUUUUGAAGAUUUAUUGAAGCUUAUUUCCUGUAAUGAUCUUGCUGUUCUAUUAGAAGAAAAAGUAUUUGAAUGUGUUAUUAAAUGGGUGAAACACGAUUUAGAUCAAAGAAAAGAUUUGUUGCCAGAAUUAAUGGAACAUGUACGUUUGCCACUAUUAAGGCCUGAUAUUUUAGAUAAUAUAGCUGAAGAACCUCUUCUAAAUAAUAGUCCUAAAUGUAAAGAUUAUGUAUAUGAAGCAAUACGUUUUAAUCUAAAAAAAUCUUUCCAGCAUUUCUCCAUUCCAAAAACAAUUAGAUGUAAACCUAGACAGUUUGGUGGUUCACAAAAAGUUAUUCUAUUGUUUAAUCGGUCUGAUACAUUGCCAAAGUGUCGUACACAAUGGUAUGACCCAACAAUCAAGCUACAAAAGAGUGCACCAGAGAUGAAUGAUGGUCGACAGAUGGCUGGUCUAGGUGUAAUAAGAGAUCAAUUUGUGUUUGCUCUGGGAGGCGUAAAUGGAUCAAGUUCUAAAUCUGUUAGUAUGCUUGACGUAUCUUCACAAUCGCCCUCUUGGGUUCCAAUGGUCGACACGUUAGUUGAACGAGAUCGAUUAGGAGUCGGUGUAUUAGAUGAUCGCAUAUAUGCUGUUGGCGGACGAAGAAGCAUCAGUGGAUUAAACAGUGUAGAGGUAUUUGAUGUCAGUAUUCAAAAAUGGAGAAUGGUAACUAGUAUGUCUUUUAAUAAAUGGGACUUGGGCGUUGGUGUACUCAACAAUCGUUUAUACGCGAUUGGAGGUGGUGAUAAUACUGUUACGAGUUCUGUUGAAUAUUACGAUCCCACACUUGACACGUGGACACCGGUUUCAAAUAUGUCCACAAGUCGUCAAGGCGUUGGUGUAGGAGUCUUGGACGGUGUUCUUUAUGCUAUUGGCGGCUAUACUGGAUCAGUUAAUCUUAAAAGUGUUGAGGCUUAUAGACCAAGUGAAGGGGUUUGGUCUUCUAUUGUUGAUAUGCAUAUUUGCCGAAAGAACCCUGGUGUAGUAGCAUUGGAUGGUUUAUUGUAUGUUUUUGGCGGAGAAAGAAAAUCUACUAUUCAUCAUACUGUAGAAAUUUAUGACCCCCGCACCAAUACUUGGACGAUGGAGAACUUGUCAGGAAGUGGCGAAACAUUUUAUGGAGCAGUAGUCGUUGAUAGACCACCGCAUUAUAAUUAAUCAGCAAUCAGAAUGAUCUUAUUGAUGGCAGUGAUAUGAAUAUAUUUAUGUGUGAUUUAUAAUGAAACGUGUAUAUAGAACAAUACAUUUUUAUUUUUGUGAAUGUUUUAUAACAAUUUUUUUUAUAAUUUAAAUUGAUUACUUACAACUUAAAUAAAUAAGCUCUAAAGUUAAUUAUAUUUCAGUAUAAUCAGCAAAAUCUUAUGUAAUUUACUAUUUAUAAUUUAUAUUAUAUCUUUUAGAUUCCG